UAUAGGCAAUACGAUGAAAGGUAUUAUUGAUGGAAGCCAAUAUAGGAUAUGGUAACUUGUACAUUUGCAUUGCUGAAUGUGGUUGGUGGAGGCUCUGCCAGAGGCAAGCUGUGCCUGAGAGGAAACGGCUCGAGUGUAACCUGAGUCCAAAUGAAACGUGUGUGCGUUUUCACUGCUGCUGCUGCUACUGCUACUGCUACUGCUACUGCAGAAGUUCGUGCAGAGAGCGGAGCGGCUCGCAGCAGACAGAAUGGGAGGACGCAACGAGGAACUGAUGGGCUCGGGUUCUGUAGGACCACUGGUUCUCAUGGUGAUGUGCUUGCCGUUGCACACCGCUGUCUACAGCGGGCCCCUGCAGCCCGAGCUUUCCAACGGGACUUUCCAUCACUUCUUUGUUCCGGACGGUGAUUUUGAAGAAUACGACGACCCCGAGAAAUGUCAAAUGUUGUUCCGAUUCUCGGACGCGCGUAGAUGUGACGCGAACGAGGACAGCGACUCGGUGAUCCGGGACGACUUCAUCAUCGCCAGGCAUCAGGUGGAGGACACGGCCAGACUGCUUGAUGGCAUCGUGAGGACUAUAUCGUACGACCUGGACGGCGACGAGGGCUACGGGAAGUAUCUGCGGCGGGAGUUGUCUCAGAUCUUUGAAGCCUUCACCAGCGUGGACGCGUCUCUGCUGGAGCUGGAGGUCAAGUUCAAGCAGAGUCAAGAGAGCGACCAGAGAGAGGAGCAUCAGCUGAACGGACUGGUGGUGAAGCCUCUCGAUGAUGUAAAGAGGCUUAUCAGGGAGACAAAGGACAUCUCCCUGGGACUAAAAGACCAGCAAGAAUUGCUUUCCCUCGUCGUCCGGAGUCAUGGCGCUCGAUUGAGCCGUUUAAAAACAGAUUAUCUUAAUGUUUAAUGGGGACGGCUAAGCCUUUGUGUGUGUGUGUGUGUGUGUGUGUGUGUGUGUGUGUGUGUGUGUGUGUGUGUGUGUGUGUGUGUGUGUGUGUGUGUGUGUGUGUGUGUGCGUGCGUGCGUGCGUGCCUUUCUGUCUGUCUGUCUGUCUGUCUGUCUGUCUGUCUGUCUGUCUGUCUGUCUGUCUGUCUGUCUGUCUGUCUGUCUGUCUGUCUGUCUGGUGUGCGUGUGUACCUUUGUUUGUGUGCGUGUGUGUGUGGGAGCGUGUGUCACUGUAUUGUUGGGUGCGCGUGUGUGGGAGAAAGAGACAGAGAUAAUAGAUAAAAGGGAGAAAGGAGGGGGGGGGGGUUUACAAUUAACAAAGAAAAAUCCGUUGGGGAUUAAGAAUAUCCUCAUAUCUAUCUUCAAGUGUGACCUUUAUACCGGCGCCUCUGAAGUGAGUGUCUGCUGGAAAGAGCUCUAAGAAUAACAUCAACACAUUCCUCAGCCUCACACGGGCCAGACUAAAGUAAGCCCCCCCCGUCAUCUCCACCACCGCUCCAGAAGAAUAUAGGAUCACCUUCAGUAAUUCAAUACCUAACCAUUGUCGUUUUAUGUGUUGUGUUUGUGUUUGUCUUUGUGAGUGGCUAUACUGGGUCUUGCUAUAAUGCAACCUGUUAGCAUAAAGGAAGAGGAAACCCAAACACCAAACAUAACAUUAUAAAUCCUAGCCUAAUAAAGAACUAAUUUAAACCCUU